AUGUUCACUAAGGCUGUUGUUGCCCUUGCCCUCGUGGCUGUUGCUGCUGCUGCUCCUUCUCUGCCAGCCUAUGGCUAUGCUCCUCAGCCAACCUAUGAGGUCCCUGCCAAGUACGACUUCAACUAUGCAGUGAAGGAUGACUACUCCGGCAACGACUUCGGUCACCAGGAGGCCCGUGAUGGCUAUGACACUCAGGGUUCCUACUACGUUCUUCUUCCUGACGGUCGUCUGCAGAAGACUGUCGUUACCCUCACCCUCGCGGCCGCAGCUGCCUCUACUCAUUCUCAACCAGCUUAUGGCUAUGCUCCUCAGCCUACCUACGAGUGUCAACAGCGACAGGAUACGUGGCCGAGGUCAACUAGGAGGGUGAGGCCUAGUAUCUCGAGUAUAAGCCUACACGCCUGCCCCUAUUUACGAGACCACAUCCGCCUACGCUCAAAUGAAAUCUGUUGA